CGUAUUCGAGCUGCGUUACACUCCCCGAGUCUCCCUGAUGAACUACAUUACCCAGAAAGCCGUGUCCCGCCGUGCGUCAGUUGCCAUCACGGUUGUAUCUCCAACAUGGCGUCGCUGGGAAGGAGGCGCGGUGUCCCAGUAAGCAGGGAGAGGGGAGUGAUGGCGGCGACAGACUGCUACAUUGUUCAUGAGAUCUACAACGGGGAGAACGCUCAGGACCAGUUUGAGUACGAGCUGGAGCAAGCACUGGAGGCCCAGUAUAAAUACAUUGUCAUCGAGCCCACGCGCAUCGGCGACGAGACGGCCCGGUGGAUUACGGUGGGCAACUGCCUGCACAAGACGGCCGUGUUGUCGGGAGCCGCUUGCCUCCUGACGCCGCUUUCACUGCCUCCAGAAUACUCGCGUUACGUGGCACUGCCCGCCGGCGCCCUCAGCGUGGCCUGCGCCGCCCUCUAUGGGAUUUCGUGGCAGUUUGACCCCUGCUGCAAGUACCAGGUGGAAUACGACAGCCAAAAACUCUCGCGGCUGCCUCUGCACACGCUCACCUCCUCCACGCCUGUGGUCUUGGUACGCAGGGAUGAUGUCCACAGAAAGAGACUUCAUAACACGAUAGCACUGGCCGCGCUGGUAUACUGCGCCAAGAAGAUCUACGAACUCUACGCCGUAUGAGUGCACUCUGAAGACGAUUUAAAAACAACAACGCCUAUCCACACCCUCGUGUAAGAAAAGUGGAAGGUCACAAUCAGGCUCCACACUUGUGGUGGGUGCUCCCAUCUUGAACUUUGAUCAGAGGGAUAUAGUUUAAAACUAGAAGGAAAUUUUCUUUCUCCCCGUUACCAUGUUUCCUUUACGUUUCAGUGACGACCACGGCACACGUUAUCUCCGUAGUACCCCUGCGCCUCCUUCCCUACAGACUCCACUUGCAUUCUUGGCACAUGAGAAGUUAGUGUACAGGGUCCAGCACUGGUUCAGAUGGACAGAUGUGAUUUGAGCUUUACCUUUUCCCUCGUCGUUUUACUGUAAUCCCUGACUUGCUGAUCAAUAUUCACCCUUUCAUUAAACAUUAGGAUAUUUGAAACUCA